UAAUAUGGAAUCUGAUAUAGGAAGAUGGCGAGGGGUGUAGCGUCUCAGGACGGCGGCAGAUCCAGAUGGCGGCAAGGUCACAACUGGAGGAGAGGAGAUUCUAAGAAUAGGACUCAGGGACAGGUAGAAUCGUUCUUCAUUUACAACUUCCCAGAGGAAUGGGAUGCGAAGGCACUGUGGUACCAGUAUCAGAGGCAUGGAAAGGUUGUCGAUGUGUUUAUCCCAAGUAAGAGAGAUAGAUGGGGGAAACGGUUUGGAUUUGUCCGAAUGCGAGGAGUGCAAGAUGUUAAGCAACUCGAAGAGAGACUGAAUAGGAUAUGGAUCGGGUCCUAUAAGCUGAGGGCAAGAGUGGCAUCUUCCAAGAGACAACAAGAGAUAAGAAGUCAGAGGAAUGCUGGGAAGAAGUCUGGGACUGACAGGGUACAGAGAAGAUUUGAGCAGCGAAGAAGCGCUAGGCUGAAAGAGGGCAUCAGAGAGCAGCGCUUUGUACAACCAGGAUUGUCAUACGUUCAGGUGGUGAUGGGGGAUUCAAGGAAACACAGUGAUCUGGUCCUGAAUAAACAAGAAGAAAAGAAGGAGAAAUCUGCAGCUAUGGAUAGAAUAUCUAUUAUCCAAAGGAAGUCUGCGAGUCUUGAGGGGAAAAGCUCCGAGGAAAAGGAGGGAGCGGUGAACUCGAGGAUCAAUAGGGAGGAAAUUAUUGAGUUCAGCCCAUUGAAAGAGGAGAAUGAAUGGUUGCAGGGGAGCAUGAUAGUAGUGGUUAAGUCCAUGUCAAUGAUCUCUACUAUCCAAGAGAGAUUGGAUGUGGAUGGGGGUUUGAUAAAUAUAUCACCAUUGGGAGGGAGAACCAUUCUAUUAACGGAGAGAUUGGCGGGGUAUUUGAACGAGUAUUUGCUACAACACAAAGAGUUAUUUGAGCUCUGGUGUGAGAAAAUACACUCAUGGGAUGAGGCACCGCAAAACUAUGGUAGAAUGGUUUGGGUGCGUAUAUCCGGAGUCCCCCUAAAAGCUUGGAGUAAAAGAUGUUUUGAGAUGAUAGCAGCUUCGUUAGGGGAAGUAGUAUUGGUGCAUGAAGAUACAAAAUCCAAGUCGAUUUUGUGCGAUGGAAGAGUGAUGAUCUUAUGCUCUGAAAGGAAUAAAAUUGUAAAGACACUGAAGCUAAAAGUGGAGGAGAAGUUGUAUCAGAUUGGAGUGACAGAGGAAGAGUGGAGGGCCGACCCGGAUUGGUGGCUGUCGGAGGAUGAUCGGAGGGAGGAGGUAGAAACGAUUUCCGAUGUUUCCUCGUCGGAACAGGGUGAAGAGGAUCACAAGUUCAAUCAUUCCGUGAUUCGAGGUGAUGAUGUAGAUGACGUAGAGGAGACUGAUGGGGAACGGAUAGAGGCAGAGGGAAUUUCAAAUUCAAAAAAAGGGGCAAAAACAGAGAGUAGGGGGUCUGCGAGAGAGGAGAACAAGGAGUUGGAUGGGCUCAAUAAUCAAAAGGGCCUGAAAAGGGAUGCAGAAGAUGGGCCUGAAGAAGAGUAUGGGUUGAAUGUGAGCAUUUCUCAUGUGCAAGAAACUAGAGACUCCGGGAAUGGGCCAAAGAGCUUAAUCGGCAAUUUAGGUGAUGUGCAGGGGCAAAUUGAGGGGGAGCUGAAUAAUGGGGCUAAAUCGGGAACUAGGGAUUUGAGAGAGAAGAAAAAGAAAGAUCUGAAAGAUUGUUACCCACAAGAGAAGCUCGCAGGAGUCCAGAACGGGGCGGAGGUGCAAGAUCAUCGGGCUGGGAGCUCCUCCUUGUCUGAUGGGUGCAUAGCUCACAGAAACAAGGUGAUACGCAGGGAGAUGCACAUACAGGAGGUAAGAAGGAUUUUUAACUUAGGCAAAAGGUCGGGUAUAGAAGUGGAUGAUAACGAUGGGGAAGUGCAGUCAAGACUAAUGGAGUUAGAGGAGACAAAACUAGAGAUGGUGCAGGGGAAUCUUUGUAAAAUGAUGUGGUUUUCGGAUGAAUUCGAUUGGGUAAUGAAGGAAUCGGUAGGUGCAUCUGGAGGAUUGUUGUGUGUUUGGAAUAGGAUUGAAUUUGUGAAACAAAAGGAUUUUUCAGGUGACGGGUUUGUGGGUAUCUCAGGUGAAUGGGGACAACAGAAGUUAAAGUGCAAUUUGGUGAAUGUCUAUGCCCCAAAUGACAGACAGAAGAAACUUAAGCUGUGGGAAGAACUCCGGCAUAUGAUAGUGGAGGAGGAAGGCGGAUGGCUGAUUGCUGGAGAUUUUAACGCUGUUAGGAGCGCAAAUGAAAAGAAGGGUAAGGUAGGGGAGACAAUGGAUAUGAGGGAUUUUGAUGAUUUUAUUGUGUCAGCUGGAUUGGUGGACUUAAAGUUGGCCAAUAGACGUUUCACGUGGUAUAGGCCGGAUGGAUCGGCUAUGAGUCGGUUAGACAGGGUCCUGAUGUCGGAUGAGUUGUGCAAUUUAGGAAAGGAAUGGGUGCAGCAAGGACUGAAGAGGACUGUCUCAGAUCAUUGUCCGAUUAUGGUCAAAACAUCAACAGCAGAUUGGGGACCGAAGCCUUUUCGAGUGUUCGAUGCAUGGCAACAACACCCACAAUUUAGGAAGGCGGUAGAAGACAAAUGGAAGGAAUUAAAUGUGGAAGGGUAUGCUGGAUACAGAUGCUUGAAAAAGCUAAAGAGAUUAAAAGAAUUUCUAAAAGGCUGGAAUAAAGAGGUGUUUGGGAACAUGGAAGCACAAUUUAGUAAUGUUGCUGAAACAGUUGAAAGACUAGAUUUGAAAAAUGAAGUGGCAGAUCUGGAGGGAAGCGAGGUGAAACAAAGGAAAGAAGGUUUUCAGCAGAUAUGGGAUAUGUUGAGGUUGAGAGAGGCUAUAUGGAAGCAAAAAUCAAGAAGCGAGUGGGUUAAGUUGGGAGACCAGAAUACCAGAUACUUCCACAAGGUUGCAAAUGGGAGAAAGGCAAUUAAUAGCAUCCAGGGAAUAAAGAAUGAUGGUCAAUGGGUAGAGGAACCAGCUAUGGUUAAAAAAGAGGUGUUGUCUUACUUCCGCAAGAUGUUUCAAGAAGAUUGUUGGGUUCGGCCAAAGCCUUCAAACAUUGUUUUCAAGAAAAUUUCUGAAGAGCAGAUGGUAUGGCUUGAGAGACCCUUCUCUGUUGAGGAGAUUGAAGAAGGAUUAAAGAGCUGCGAUGGAAGUAAAGCCCCGGGGCCUGACGGGUACAACCUUAAUUUCCUCAAAUUUUUCUGGAACAGUAUUAAGGAUGAUUUUGUUGCUUUUUUCCAUGAAUUUCAUCAAAGUUGUAAACUAGUAAAAGGGCUGAAUUCUUCUUUCCUUACGUUAAUUCCUAAAAAGCUGAAUCCUAGGGAAUUGAAAGACUUUAGGCCUAUUAGUUUGAUAGGUUGUGUGUACAAAAUUCUGUCAAAGGUGCUAGCUAAUAGGCUUAAAAAUGUUAUGUCAGAAAUUAUCAGUGAAACACAAUCUGCUUUCAUUGGGGGAAGACAAUUAGUUGACAGUGUCUUGGUUCUAAAUGAAGUUGUGGAUGAGGUUAGGAAUAGGAAGACACCAGCUUUUGUUUUUAAGGCAGAUUUUCAAAAAGCUUACGAUUGUGUUAACUGGACAUAUCUGGAUUGGAUGAUGGAGAGAUUUGGUUUUGGAGCCAAAUGGAAGGGGUGGAUUAAGGAAUGCCUUUCAACUGCACGGUGUUCGGUGUUGGUAAAUGGCAGCCCAACGGAGGAGUUUGAAUUGGAGAGAGGGUUGAGACAAGGGGAUCCUUUGUCUCCAUUCCUAUUUCUGAUGAUUAUGGAGGGGUUAAAUGGAUUGGUUAAAAAAGCAGAGUCUGAAGGACUGCUACAGGGAAUAGAGAUUGGUAAAAAGGGGCUGACGGUUUCCUUGCUGCAAUUCGCAGAUGAUACGGUUAUUUUGGGAAGAGCUGACAGUGAAAAUAUUCUUACGGUCAAAGCUAUUCUAAGAUGGUUUGAGAUAAUGUCAGGGCUAAGGAUCAACUACAGCAAAAGCAGUAUCCACGGAUUUAAUGUGAAAGAGAGCUGGGUAAGAGGAGCGGUAGGCACGCUUCGGUGCGAAAGUUUUGUGGUAAACUUGCCGUCUGGAAAUCUGCCCUGCUGUCCUUUGGCGGUCGCCUCACGCUACUUCAGUCGGGUAUUUUUGUGGGGUGGUGGGGUUGGGGGGAAUGAAGAGAAGAGGAAGAUAUCGUGGGUGAAAUGGGAGGAUAUCUGUGGUAGCAAGGUGAAUGGAGGACUAGGAGUUCCUGAUUUAAAUCGUAGAAAUUGGGCCUUGUUAGGAAAAUGGUGGUAUAGGCUAGGGGAUGGAAAGGAGGGGUUAUGGAAACGGGUAGUGUUAGAGAAAUAUUAUGGAGGGGGGCAGGAGGUAAAUAUUACAGAUGUGGAGAAGCUGCGAGUGUCAAAGAUUUGGGGGGACAUUCUUAGAAUAGGUGGGAAAUCCAAUAGAUUAAAAACAAUGCUGGUGAAGGGGUUUAAAUGGGAGGUAGGAGAUGGAAGCAGGGUGGGUUUUUGGAGACAAAUCUGGGCGGGGAACAAUGCCUUAAGAGAUUCAUUCCCACGACUUUUUCAAUUAGCCACAAACAAGGAGGGUAUGGUUCAGGAGUACGGGUUUUGGGAAGGGGAUAGUUGGAAAUGGGAAAUUGGGUGGCGAAGAAAAAGGAUGGGCCGGGAGCAAGAUGAGGAAAAGGAGUUGUGGAAGGUUUUGGGAACUAUUCAGCUUAGGAAAUAUGUAGGUGACUAUUGGAAGUGGAGGUAUGAUGUGGAGGGCAGGUUGGUGCCUUUUAAAGUGAGUAUUUUUGGGUGGAGAUUAUGCUUAGAUAGACUCCCAACUAGAAGGAAUCUACAGAAACGAGGAGUGACCUUUCAGGAGGAUAAUACGACGUGUGGAUUAUGCAAGAAGGGGGUGGAGGAGGUGGAUCACUUAUUUUGCACGUGUAUGGAAGCAUGGGUAGUUUGGGCUAAGACGAUUAAGUGGUGGGGUAUGGAGCUGGUGAUGCCGGAUACAGUGAAGGGUGUGGCAGAGACUUUCAUCUAUGGGCUAGGCAGUUUGGUAGGCAAGGAGAUGGGAGUUUACAUUUUUCUUGUUACUGCUUGGUAUUUGUGGUAUAGGAGAAAUGUAUUGGUAUUUCGGAGGGAGGAGGAUAUUAGGGAGCAAUUGUUGGAGUUAAUUCAAGUUAAAACUCACUUUUGGAAAACUGGCCCAUAUUCUGCUUCGAUCAUUGCACCACCUUCGCUCUGCACUCUUCCAAGCUCUUUCUCAGACUUGGCAAUGACGGAUUCAAGAUCUCCGUCAGCAGCAACGAAGCAUCAUUCACCGACGAAAGCAGAAGCCAAGGCAAUCUCUUCACUGUACACCACAGGGAGAACGAUGGUGUUUGCUUAUGGCGUCACAUUUGCUUUUGUUGCUUGUACGGCUUUCUUGGUGCUAAACCCAUCUUCCAAUUCCUCUCCUUGGAUAAAAAACUUCCUCAAGUCGUUGUCUUCCAGUUCCCGGUUUUCCUCUCUUUUCUCUUCUUUUGUUUCUAAUUCUUCCCAAACCGAUGGCAACCCACUUCCUUCCACUCGGCCACCAGCCGCCCCUUUCCGGGUUUCUUGGGAAAGCAGUGGAUUUGGUGACAAAAAUGGCUUCAAGCCUGCUCGUUCCGUUAGCAUUCGCCGGAUCCUGGCUUCCAUCUCUGACUUACCUCAGGGGAGCGAGCCAUCUCCGUCAGCCAGAGGUGCGAGGUCGCCUUUGCCACAAGAAUAUCCCAUAUUUGAGGAAAAUGAAUCUUAAUUUUCUGUGUUCUUUCUUAUAUAGUUUGAGAAAACAACACUUUUUUUCUUU